UUUUGCAGUUCUAGACCUUUUGCAACCGGCGCAGUUCGACUGUCGCCGAGGUAACGAAGACAACAGCUAUCCAGAGGAACCGUCAGCAGCAGUAACGAAUUACAGCAGUAAGACCACACAAUCACAUUUUUAUUUCAAGAAGAUGGAGAAGUCGGAGUCUACUCACCUUAAGGGCAGAAUAUUGUUAUGGGCGGAUCUUAGUUACGAUGAUACAGAUACAGUCAACAAGGCACAGUCUAUUCCAGAGAUUGAAAGGAUUCUCUGUGAUGCCCUGAACAUUGAGGAUUCUGAACCACGACGUGGUAUUCUACUGGAGCUUUAUACUAACACAGUACUGUUCUGCAGAGAGCAAAAAUUCAAUACAGAACAAACCUCGGUUCUACUCUCAAUCAUAAAGAAUGUGCAUCAGCUCAAUGCAGAAACUCCCCUCAACAACAUGGACCAGUGUUUUACUUACUGCAGUGAGCUUCUACUUGUUCAUUCUGUCAGGAGACCUCCAUUCAGUAUUGAUCUUUUUAAUUUAGAAGAAGUAACUAAGAUUCUAAAAUAUUUCAUCAACACUUAUAUGAGACACUACAUGCUCUACAAGUACAUUUUCACCCCACAGAUGUAUUUGGAUUUGUCAUUGUCCUACAAUGGGCUGCAUGAGGAACCUGCAGCAGAGGAACCAGCCAGCUCUGAGGAAGAACAAGAUAAUGAAAAGGAAGCACAUGCAGCAAAUAAAGAAGGAAUUGUUGGUACAGAAACCCUGCCCACAGAGACAGAUGAACCUAAACAAGAUUCAUCCCCAAAGGCUACACUUAGGAGAAUAAUUCAAAAGGAAGUAAAGGAGGAAGUGAUGCGCUUGACUGCUCAGCUUGAAAAACGGUUGCAGGAAACGACUGAUCAGCUUAAUACAGCGUUUGCUGCACUGGAGAUUAAGCUUCAAACUAAAAAGUGACCACAAGCUUUUAUGUUCUGCUGUGUCAGUACAGUAGACUGUGUUCCUAAUAAACAAAAACAAGUAUUUAUAAAUCCUAACAA